AAGUAGUACUUCAGACGAAUUUGUUCGCGUUGUAUUUCAUUGCAAAUAAAACGAUUCGGAAUAACGUUAAUUUUUGUUUCUUUUCUCUAUUCAUUCUUAAAAUUCAAUAUUAUAUGUUAUCAUUUUGAUUUUAGUGUUAGUUGAAAGAAAGCAAAAUAAAAACAUUUGCGUUUUAUGUUUGUUUGCAAACAUAUAUAUAAAUGAAGUAUAACAUACAUUUAUUUCUUUGCAUUUAUGUGAGUGUGUGUAUUACAUGUGCAAUAAGAUAAAUUAAAGUGAAUAUCAGAUUUAAAAAUGUUUCCACGUUAAAAAUGUUCGUUAUUCAAGUGUGUGUUAUAUAUAUAUGUGAAAUUUUUAUAUAAGAAAAUGAACAGUCAGGCACAAGAACACGGUCACGCUGUUGUUGUGUGGGAAUGGGAAAAUCGUCAUGGACGAUGGCGACCUUAUAGUCCUGCAGUAUCACAACAUCUUGAGCGAGCACAUUGUAAGAAACUUACUCGGGUCUUUCUAAAUGAUGCGGAUCCAAAUUUGGAUAGAUAUUAUAUAAAUUUAAAGACUAAAACACAAUGUAGUGAAGAUGGAAAUGAGACACAUAAUGUUAGAAGAAAAUUUUAUCUUCCAAAUUCACCAGCUGGAAAAGGAGCUAAAUGGGAAUGGGCUGGUGAUACAGAUGAUUGGCAUACAUAUGAUAUGGAAGUACAAUGUUUCAUAGAAGAAGCAUGGGCAAGAGGUGAUAAAACUAUUGAUGUUUCUAAAACCUAUUUAGGUUUUCCUUACAUUAUAAAUUUUUGUAAUUUAACUCAAGUUCGUUGUUGUACUGGAUAUGUAAGGCCAAUACGUCGUAUUCAGCAAGCACCUUAUCCUUUAGUCAAAGUUGCUUUAGAAGAAUUACAAAUUAUUUCUGAAAAAAAAACAUCUAUAACUGUUAAAAAUUUAAAUACAAAAAUUACACAUAAAAAAUCAUCUACUGGAAAUACAAAGAAAAAUAAUAAGAAGGGCAAAAAUGGAGACACUGGUGCAUCAAAUAUAGCUCGUGUUAUUUUGAGUAAUUUUAAUAUAUUUAGUAAUAAGCAUGGUAUAGAAAAUAAUCCAAUUACAAAUAUUGAAUCUGGACAAAAAAGAAAAACUUGGGAUAAUGCAUUGGAUGCAGAUUCUAGUAGUACAAAAAGUGGACGAAGGCCAAGUGUUGAUACAGUUUCUACAUAUCUUAGUCAUGAAAAUCCAAUAGAUUUACUGGAUAGUAGUGUAGGAAGUGAUGAUGCUUUUAAAGAUGCUGUUUUGGGUGUUGAUGCUGAAUCUGAUGUUAUUUCUCAAUAUGUAAAAGUAGUAGAAAGUGAUAAUUGCGAUUCUUGUCCUGUAUGUCUUGGUAUGCCAGAACCAUUAACUGUAGAGUUGACUCGCUGUAAACAUAGAUUACAUUUAACUUGUUUGAAUGCAAUGCUUAGUUGUCAGCAACCUCCUAUGUAUAUACAAUGUCCUGUUUGUCGUUUAAUUUAUGGGGAAAAAAGAGGAAAUCAACCUCCUGGAACUAUGAAUUGGACAAGAAUACCUCGAGCACUGCCUGGUUUUCCAAAUACAAAUACAAUUCAGAUAACUUAUGACAUUCCAUCAGGAAUUCAAGGAAGAGAACAUCCUAAUCCAGGACAAGCUUAUUAUGCUGUAGGUUUUCCACGAAUAUGUUAUCUUCCAGAUAAUAAUUUAGGUCGUAGAGUUCUAAGAUUAUUACAAAUUGCAUUUGAACGAAAAUUAAUAUUUACAAUUGGAAGAUCGGUAACUACUGGAAGAGAGGAUGUAGUAACAUGGAACGAAAUUCAUCACAAGACUGAAUUGGGUCCAUCAACAACUGGUCAUGGUUAUCCUGACACAAGUUAUUUAGAAAGAACAUUAGCUGAAUUAGCAGCUCAAGGUGUAAUAGAUAAACAAUCAUCUCCUACUUUGUAUCAGGAAUUGCAAUGAAGUAUUUUCUAUUUAAUGUAUUAUGUGCAAAAUAAUUUUAUAAUUAAUAUUUUAAAUUUUAUAGCCAUAUAAUUUUGCACGAUCAUAGUAUGUAUAUUUAUUUUAAUUUUCUUAUUAAUCUUUAAUAUAAUCAAGUGAUACAGAAGUAA